AUACCCAGCCCACCCGACGCAUAACCCUGCACGCAUAACCGCCCCUUCACGCACCCGUGAAAGAAAAAAGAAGAACUCGCUCGCUCGCUGCUGCACUCACCUUCAAGGCUUAAUUCAAGCGAUUCAAGCUCCUAUAUUCGUGAGAUGUGAUAAAGGCCUAGUUUCUGAUUUAAAAUUAAUGACAUUUUCUGGAUUUUGAAGUCAGAUUGCUGCUGAAGGCAUAUCUUAUGGCCAGCACUGGUGGAAAAAAGGAGCUUGAAUGGAUAGAGAGAGUGAGAUCAGAGGGAGCUGUUCCACUUCUUGAUGCAGAAAAUUGCCGAAAUGGUUGGUCUUCUCCACCUGCGGACAAGUUUAUGGUUAGAGGUCCUGAGUACCUGUCAAACAGGGUUAAAGUUCCUGCUGGGGAAUACCUUCUAAAGCCUCUUGGUUUUGAUUGGAUAAGAGGUUCUACAAAAAUUGGGGAGGUCUUAAAACAUCCAAACAGUCGUGUGAGAAAGGCUAUUGAGGAUGAGUGUCUGACAGGUGAUAAGCCUUUUGUUUGGGCUUUCAAUCUACAAGUUCCUAGUAAGGAUAAUUAUAGUGCUAUAGCAUAUUUUACAACCAAGGAACCUAUUCCUGAGGGGUCUUUGAUGGACCAGUUCUUAAAAGGUGAUGAUGGGUUUAGGAAUUCAAGGCUUAAAUUGAUUGCCAACAUUGUGAAGGGUCCUUGGAUUGUGAGGAAAGCAGUUGGGGAGCAGGCCAUAUGCAUAAUUGGGCGUGCCCUUUCUUGUAAAUAUUGUGUAUCAGACAAUUUCUUAGAAGUAGAUGUGGAUAUUGGAUCUUCCAUGGUUGCAAGUGCAAUAGUUCAUCUGGCAUUUGGUUAUAUAACAACGCUGACUGUUGACCUUGCCUUUCUCAUUGAGGGCCAAACUGAAUCAGAGCUACCAGAACAAAUCUUAGGUGCUGUAAGGUUCUCUGAACUAGACCCUGCUGUGGCUAGGGCAACUGAACCAUCUUCUAGUAGGAGUGCUGGCAAUUUGCAGUCUAAUCUGCCUACGCGAUUAUGGAAGUCAAUAGGGCAGGGGUUUUCCCACAUGCUUCAUCCAGGUACCCAAGAAAAUGGCUCUAGCUUGGGCUCAGCACAUGGUAAUGGGAUUGGGGAUCAUGAAGGAAAUUCAGAAGAACCUAAGAAAUGAUAAUCAAAUGAAGUGUGAUGACCAUGAAACAAAGUGAUUCAGAAUUUUUUGAAGUGGCAAGAAUCCAACUUUCUCUGUAUUGACUGCUUCACUGGUGUCAUCUGCUUGUCUCUGGGCUGUUGGGUAUACCAAUGAUGCCAAGAGCUAGCUUUGCUACCCCGGUGUACUCUAUGCCCUUGGGUGGGCACUGAUGUCCAAUUGGCAAGACAUAUUGAUGUCCAAUUGGCAAGACAUUCAGAUUAUCGGCCUCUUAAUUUAUGUAGGUAAAACUCUUCUUUCUUUUAUUUUAUAUUUAAACGAGUAUAUAUUAAAUAGUGGCCCUGUGUGUAGAAAUCUAUAGUAAAACUUGUUAGAUUCCACUUCAUUGAAUUUCUGUAACGAUUGAACAAAAGCAAUUGGUGAUUAUGGACCGUUUCUUCUUUUCUUUUCUUUUGUU